UUCAGUUCCUCAAAACCCUGAUUCUGCCAAAUUCAGUUUGAGCCUCGGAAAACCUAUCUCUCUCUCUCUUCCCUGUCCAAACUUCUGAACGAUUUUGUCAUUCAACACCUUUGUCCCUCUAUCAUCAUCAUCGAAGCUAUUUUCCAUCAAACCGAAGAACCCUUUAUGCCUUCAACCGACAUGUCUCCUGCUACCCGAUCAAAGUCCAAAGACAAAAAGGUGAGUAAGGAAGCCCAGAAGGCUUCUGCAAAACCUUCAGGAUCUCUUAAUGCAGGGGCUGCCAUACCCGCUAGUGCUUACAACCCGCUCUCAGGAAUGUUUCAUGCUCUUGAAAUGUCACCAGUGUCAUCUACUUCCCCAAUUCAUUCUAAUGGCCGUUUUCGCAACAUAGAUGGGACGGAGGAACAUCCUGGGGUGGCAAUGAUUGCUGGCAUUGAGGAUGAUUCUGUUUCAAAUAAUGAUAGUUGGUCUGGUGAGUCAGAGGACCAUAAGGAGAAACUUUCUAAUCCUCCUGCUCGAUUAGAAACAGUACCUGGAGCUGAUAUUGACAAGCGAGAGAAAAUCCGCCAAAAGAAUGAGAGAAAACAUCAACGCCAGAAGGAAAGGCGAGCCCAAGAGUUACAUGAACGUUGCAGUGGCUAUCUUAUGUCAAGGAAACUAGAGGCCCUUGCUCAACAGCUUGUAUCAAUGGGAUUUUCCCAUGAACGGGCAACAAUGGCAUUGAUUCUGAAUGAAGGAAAAUUGGAAGAAUCAGUUGCAUGGCUGUUUGAAGGGGCUGAAGAAACAGAGAGCCACAAGGACAAAAACAUAGGUGGAAGUAAUUUAAAAAUUGACAUUUCAGAAGAACUUGCUAGGAUUGCAGACAUGGAAACCAAGUUUGGUUGCUCAAAGCAGGAGGUAGAAAGAGCAGUUGUGGCCUGUGAAGGAGAUCUAGAAAAUGCUGCAGAUUCCUUGAGAGAACUAAAGCUGGACCCACCAUUUGCUCCCCCUAAGCCAGAGGAAACUGGUGAUCCUCCUAGUGUUAAUAAUGGUAAGCAGUCAGGAGUUGUAAAUCAGAAUUCAAGGCCGCAAACAAAACCUAUUCCUUCUCCCAACCAACUCAAAAAGGAUGGGAAGGAUUUUAACUACACAAAUUCAGCAGUUAUGGUUGGGGUAUCUUCUGAAUCCAGUAAUAAAAGUGUGCAACCUCUAAAGAGAAUUCAGCCGAAGUCAGAGUGGACCAAGGCCCAACAAGCCCCCAUACCAGCCGACAAAAGGUGGCCAAGUACCACAUCUAAUCCUUCUGUGUCCUAUUCAUUGGCGUCACCUUUGCAGGUGGCAGCGGCCCCAUCUGUUAAGUCUGAAGCCCGAUAUAUGGCUGUUGGAGGCGAUUACAAGAACCUUCAACCUGGAGCAUCUAGGGAACCAGUAAUGAUCAUGCAACGGGCUCAAACUGCAAAUGUAAAGCAGAUUCCAGCCACAAGCAUUAGUUCUUCUGGUAUAGCUGCAAGUUGGCAUCCGAAUGGUGAUGUAAUAAGGUCCACUGGCUAUUUACCCCACACUCCUAACACUAGAAACCUCAAUGCAAACUAUCUCAGUUCAAAUCAGAUGUACCACCAACUUCCUUAUCAGCCUCAGCAACAGUUUGUCACUGGCAGCAGCAAUUCAGUAGAUCUCCAAGACACUAGCCAAGGGAAUAGCAUAUGGAAUAGAACAGGUGCUUCUCCGACACUCGCUGCUGCCGCUUCACUUGGACUCUUUACUGGGUUAGGAUCGGCAGCCCUCCCAUCUGGGGCAUCGUCCUCGGUAGACUGGAGCACUGGAGGGUCAAUGCAGUUUGAUUAUGCCAACAUAGACUGGUCUUUAGAUAGAGGUUUAUCUUCACCGAGAUCGAAUGCAUUGUGGGCAGGGCUCUCACCUUUCACAAAGGGUAACAAAAGUUCUAAUAUAUACAACUCAAAUACUUCUGGGUUGGGUGCUCAGCCCUCAAUGGGAUCAGUACACUCAAAUGGGAGCAUCGUUCCCAUGCCUGGAUUGCAAGAUGGUGGAAUAGCUUCUGCUGAAUCAUCGGCCGGUUCUAGGGAAUGGAGCUCUCCAUUUGAAGGGAAAGAUCUUUUCAGUUUACCCAGACAGUUUGUUUCUUCUCCUUCCCUGUAGAAUGAGAGGGAGAGAAAUCAAAUCAAAUAAAUAAAUGAAAAAGAAGACAGAGGCAACAAAAAAAAAGUGUGGAUUUGAUGUUGGUUAUGAUGCCAGUUGAGUUGGUGGUAA